AUGGGUAGGAAAGGAAAGAUCGGAAAGCAGCGGCGAGAUAAAUAUUAUUCACUUGCUAAAGAAACUGGCUUCAGAUCUCGAGCUGCAUUCAAGUUGAUUCAACUGAAUAACAAGUUUGAUUUUCUGUCACGAUCCCAGGUGCUGAUCGAUCUUUGUGCUGCCCCUGGAGGAUGGCUCCAAGUAGCCACACAAUACAUGCCAAUUUCCAGUUUAAUUAUCGGAAUAGAUUUGGUGCCAAUAAAGCCUCUUCAUAAUGUUGUUACCAUACAGGACGACAUUACGAAAGACAGUUGCAAGACUGCGAUCCAGAAACAGCUGCAGACGUGGUCAGCCGAUUGCGUUUUGCACGACGGUUCUCCAAACGUCGGAAAGAACUGGCAUUACGACGCUUUUGCACAGGCGCAGCUGGUAUUGUACGCACUGAAGCUCGCAAGCGUAUUCCUUCGCCCUGGAGGAUGGUUCGUCACUAAGGUGUUUCGUUCGAAGGAUUACCAGGAUCUAAUGAAAAUCUUUGGUCGCCUCUUUGAAAAGGUGCAUGCAACUAAGCCGAAAGCGUCACGAACAGAGUCCGCCGAGAUGUUCGUCGUUUGCAAGGGGUUCAUCAAACCAGACAAGUUUGAUUCCGCCUUGUUCAAUUCCGCUGCGGUAUUUAGCGUCGAGGCGGCUGCUAAGCCGAAGUAUUUUUAUUUGUUUAUUUUGCUUUUUUUGCCUCUUUUAUUUGUUUGUUCACAAUCACGGGCAAACAAGUGUGUAUGAAU